UGCUUUAAAAUUUUCAAGGAGUUCGGAAAGGAAGAUAAUUAAUAAAACACAAUGUUUAAGUGUCAAAGAAUUUAGUAGAUUAUAGUUAAGAAGUUAUUAAGGGGUUUAUUUGUUUGUGUAUAAUACAAUAAAAUAAGCCAAUAUUACGAAGUCCUUAUAUUUUCAAAACAUAAACUACUGAAUCGACAUAUAAUAGGAUGCUAUGGAAGUCUCGAAAUACGCUGAAAAAAAUGCUCAGCCUAGGCUGGAAUUGCACCUCAUACAUCAUCGUCAGCGUUUUAAUUGGGAUUGUGGAGUUUCAUGUGUCUUGAUGGUUCUGCCACCAACACAACGAGAACAUCUGCUUAUUAAUUUCAGUGAAGUCUGUAAGGCAGAGGGUUUUAACAAAAGCACCUGGACCAUUGACCUGUGCUACUUGUUGAAGCGAUAUGGUGUGAGCCACCUCUAUUGCACAGUUACCCUGGGGAUCCACCCUGGCUAUCGAGGACAGUCCUUCUACAAUAAAAUUUUGCAGAAGGAUGAGGAAAGGGUGACUAAGCGUUUCCUGGAGGCGGCAGAGAGAGGCAUCCUGGUCCGCAAAGCAUCACUCACGUGUGAAGACUUGGUUCAUCACCUCUCAGAAUCAGGGCCUGUUAUCCUGCUCACAAAUGCUUCACUCUUGCAUUGUGACAUUUGUAAGGUUAACAAAUUCACAUCAGAACUGCGAGGCUGCUUGCCAUGGGGCACCACUUACACUGGUCACUACAUUGUGCUGUGUGGAUACAACUUGUCCAAUGAGAAGUUCUUGUUUCGUAAUCCGACGUUCAGAAACAGGGUUUGUGCAAUGUCCUUUGCAAUGCUAGAUGAAGCAAGAUGCAGUUAUGGGACCGAUGAGGAUGCCAUAUUAAUAUACUCCAGAAGCUGGACUUGAGGAAACCAAUGCACACAGCAGACACCUUAAUUCCACAAGCAAUUUCUGUGCCUUAUUACAAUACAGGAGUGGGGAUCAGCAAAUUUGUUUAUUUUUGUAUAUAUGAGAAAUAAAACAUUUUUCUUUUUUGGACA